AUGCGCGCGUGCAGGCUACCCGCCUCGUUCGGAGGACUCCGCCUGAGCCAGAGUCGGAGAAGGUCGAGGAAUUCGAACGCCAGGCCUGGCGCCUGGCGACUGGCGCUCGCGAAUUGGCGACUGGAACUAAGCUCCCACGCCGGCGAGCGCGUCGCCGGGGCCCUCCUACCGCACCUCAAAAGGUGGCGGGAGAGGCGGCAAGGAAGGCUCACCUACCGGGCGACGCAGGUAUUCACCGGACAUGGCUGCUUCGGUGUCUACUUGUGUCGCAUAUGGAAGGAAGCGGCGGCAGCCUGCCAUCACUGUGGCGAGGAGGAGGACUCGACGCAGCACACGCUGGAGGAAUGCCCCACCUUUUCAGCGCAGCGUCGAGUCCUACGGGCCCAAAUCGGGCAGGACCUCUCGCUCCCAGUAGUAGUUGGGGCUAUGCUGGAGAGCGAGGGGAACUGGAUGGCGGUGGUCUCCUUCUGCGAAGAGGUUAUCUCGCAGAAGGAGGCCGCAGAGCGGGAUCGGGAGUUGGCCGAUCCCGCUCGAAGGAUCCGGGGGCGACGGCGACCUGGUUGGGGUCUCGCCGUCGGGCCCCCGAACUAGGCACGUUAGCCGGCGGCGGGAACGGUCAUAGACAACCUCCGUCGCGGGCUACCACAGAGGACAAACGGUGGCGGGAGAGGGGGGACGACAAGGUAAAUACCGAUCCCCCCUGGCGGUCGCGAUACCCAGGGCCGGGGCCCUGGAUAUGCCAAAUAAUGCGGCCGCCGAGAUGUAGCGGUGCGGGGCGCGGCUUCCCUGCACCGCAGAUUGGGAGGUGGUAAGGGGCGACAGAAUCUUUUCCCCCUCGGGACGCGGCCGGCCAAAAGCUACCAGAUGGCCGGCCUAGGCGAGGGGGAGCUGCGGCAGCGUUCUAUGAGAGAUCACGCGGCUCCUCCUAAAUCGCCGAAGUUGGUAGAGCGUCGAAGGUCGCCGUGGAGGUUUUAGUGGGUAUAACCUCUCACUACCUUCCACCCGCUCCCCCGGGCGGGUGGCAGGUGUCUGUUAUCAGAUUUCCUCCACAUAAAAUAAAAAAAAAAAAAAGGUAUUGAUGCUGGUGCUGUUGCUGCUGCUGGUGUUUUUAAAAGUUUGUUUUGCACCACUCGCGGCUUCACUACGCACCCGAACGGAAGUUUUCCCGUUUGUGCUGGUCGCACGUAGUCUCUUAGCAACCGACGAAUCUGCUCACGUUUGCCCAACCGGUAUUUUCGUACCUUUUCUGUGUUUCUCAUCUACUGAGAGGGAAAAAUUGGAAUUUAUAAUAGUUUUAAUCGGCGAUGAAUCUCAUGUCCCGUCAAUCGUUAUCAAGCCCGUGCAACCCUUUACGACCGCUGGUUUUGCGUCUAUUCCUUUCAAAGCCGGCUUCGACGCCUCGAUCAACCCUUACAGCAAGCACGAAAGUGACUUGUAACCUGAGUACGAUGACGGAAAA